AUGGUGGCUAAGUAUGUUGAUAAGUUUGAUGAGUUGGUUUAUUAUUGUUCUCACUACCAUGGUGAGGGUGGUGAAACAGUGAAGUGCGUCAAGUUUGUAAAUGGCCUUCAUCUUGAGGUGAAGGUGAUGAUCAACUACCAAGAGAUUUAUCAUUAUCCAACAUUAGAGAACAAGUGUAAGGUAUAUGAUCAUGAUAAUCAGGCACAUGCUACACACUACAAAAGUGUGGGUCCGAUUAGAGGAGGUAGAUUUGGAGGUUCGAGUAGGAGUAAUCCAUACUAUACACCCACUAAGUUCCAAGGGAAUCAAGCUAGAGGAAGUGGAAGUAAGUCUUUUGUAUCUUUUGUUGUGAGUGGAGCUUCUAGUGGGGUAUCUGUUUCUACACCUUUCAGUAGGUGCAAGAGGUGUGGUCGUACUAGGCACAAGCACACGGAUUGUCCUAACAAGGAGACUACUUGUUUCAAUUGUCGUGGAAGGGGUCAUAUUAGUACGUAA